AUGUCAUCCAGUAACAAGGGAAACCCCAGCUUUACCGGCGGUCUCGGCGAGAUGGUCGGCAAGACGGUAAACGGCGCCUCCAGCACCGUGGGAAAUGUUGUGAGUGGUCUGGGCGGCACCGUUGGCGGCGCCGCACAAGGCUUGGGCCAGACAGUGAGCGGAGCGAGCGAAGGACUUGGGAAUGCAACCAAGGGCCUCGGUCGAUCGGUCAACAAUGCCAUGGGUGGUGGUGAAUUAGAGGAAGAAGAGGAACGACUCCCUGAGCUGGAAAAUGAUUGA